AUGUCCAAAUUAACCCAAAUUAAAAAAUUACCCUUUAAUGUUUAUUUGCUUAUAAUUGGUUCUCCACUACUUUUUAUUUUUCAGGAUGAAGAGCUAAUUGCUAUGACUUUACAAUGGCCAUGGCACAACUUGAACAAAUGGCACAAAAAUGAGACAUACGAACGAUUUUUUAAACGUCAAAUCGCUAACACAGUCAGCCGAUACUGUGAGAAGCAAGCGAACAAAUGUCAAGGAACAUACCUACGGAUUGACGAACAAACCGUAAUGACAAUCCCUCCAAACAAAAAAACGCAACUUUCUUCUCAAUUUUUCACUUCACUGACCACAAAAUCAAAACUUAUAUUUAGUCUCUGUUCUUUUUUUCAGGAAAAUAUUAUCAUCCUAAAAGUUGAACAAAUCCGUAAUCGAAAAAUGAAUAUCACUUUUGUUGUUGCCAAAGACGCACAUCUGCGAGAGUUAACGGCAAAACGCAUCAUGAAUUCAACAAGAAUUAGAGCCUUAUUGAUACAAAGGAAAAAUGACCUGAAGAACGCUUUUAGUGGUGUCACUAUGAACAGCUCAACAAUAUCAUUAACCAAACUGCAAAAUAAAAUUGAAGAUAACACCAGACUUCUGACUCUCGUUGGACUAGUUGGUUUCUUCUUUACAGUUACCUACAUUAUUGCUGCUGUAAAAGUCUGCAGGUAA